GCGCCCAAACUCUUCAGAAAAAGAACAAGAAACGAAGAAAGAAGAUAAGAAGCUAUACUAAGAAAGCCUCAUUCACUGUUCCUGCGCUCUGCAUGUGCAUGCACAAUAUGCCAAUACGCAAAACACAUCCCAUGCCACUUCGCAGGCCUUGUCUUUGUGGGUUUUUGUUUUUGUCUUGAUUUUGCUUACUCAUGUCAGUUUUUAGGUGCACUAUGGGUUCCUCUCUUGUAGGCUUUCUCCUCUACGUGUAUAUAUAUAGAUAGUGGUAUUAAAUAGCCUAUAUGAUCAUCUUGUACUCUAGCUGGAGUGGGAGAGAGAGGGAAGAUGAGCUAGAAUGUAAUGGAAUUGAGUGAAUAAGCUGCUAGCUAGUUUUCUGCCAGUGGUAUGGUGUUGGUUUAUGGAAUUUCGACAGCUUCACAUGUCAGCAACUAGAGCAAGAGCAGGCCAUAGCAGUUUCAGUUCUACACCAGAAGAAUUAAGACUGAGAAAUCCCAGAAAGAAGUAACUGCUAGCGCAGUUAAAAACCACAAGAGGGUCUUAAGAAGUGUACCGAGUUGGUCCGAGGAAUCAUCGUCAGCGACAGUGAUUUCAGAGUUCUAUGAACUUGUACCAGAAAGGAGCAAGAAGAAGCCAGAGAAAUACUCAGAAGAAGAUUUGACAGCAUUAAUGAAGAACAAAGACAAACACAACUGUGGCAUCUAAAUUGCAGGUUCCAACAUUUGAAAGAAAGACUAUGCAAGAGGGUCCGCAGCAACCGUCUUCCAGCAUUAGAUACAGGAGCGCAGAAGAAGAGAUGGUAGAAGUGCACCAAAGCCGAAUUGUGCGAUCUACUGGAAGAAAAGACCGCCACAGCAAGAUCAACACUUCCAAGGGUCUGAGGGACCGGCGGGUUCGGUUGUCUGCACUCACUGCCAUUCAAUUUUAUGAUGUGCAGGACCGGCUUGGCUACGACCAACCCAGUAAGGCUGUGGACUGGCUAAUUGAGAAGGCAAAAGCGGCCAUUGAUGCGCUUGCUGAGUUACCUUCGAAGAAUCCUACUUCAGUGGAUUCUUUCAUUACAUCUAAGCAACAACAAGAGCAAGACAUCAAAGAGCAGAGACAAAUUCAUCUGCAAAACCACCACGGGCUUGAAAACAAUUCAAGCACUUUGAUGGAGGCUACUCUGGAUAAUUCCAUGUAUGAUUUUCAUAAAAUGCAGCAGUUCAAUGAUAACCCAAUAAAUAGUUCAAGCUUCUUCUCGAUGGAUUCUGCUACACCAUCGUCUUCAACACAUUUCCAGAGCCACCGACCUGAGCUGAAUUGCAGAACGAUCAGCCAGACCCAAAAUCUUCUUCUCUCACUUCAAUCCUUUCAGGAUCAUCCAAGUCCCAUUCCCUCAAUUGAACCAGCACUCUUCCCUGUCCCUCCCCUCUGCUUCACUGCCACACCCAACUAUUGUCCAGACAGGCAGUUGCAAGAGCUGGAUCAGUUUCAGAGAAUGAGCACUUGGAGAUCUGAUUCAGCUGCACUAAUCAUGCGACAACCGGUUCUCAGCCAAAACCAGUUGUUUUCGAGUAGAGAACCUCUUCAGUCCAGUAAUUUGCCUCCAAUGAACCUGCCAGUAUCCAACGUUGAUCUUCAUCAGAUACCAGCACUUAAUCAACCAACAAUCUCCGGCAAUGAAUUAGCCUCAGACAAAUUCUUGGGGUUCCCAUUUCCUGCACGAAUACAGGGCAAACAGGAAGAACAAGGAAUGUUUUCAACCAAGUCUGCUGCUUCUCCUUACCCUCAUUGAGUUUCGCAAAACCAAAAUUUCAUUCCCCUUGUUGAUGCACUCAAUAAUCCGGGUAAGUCAUUUUCUCCAAGAAAGGGAACGUCAACAAGCAUGAUUGAAGUUGCAAUUCAGGGCAAAUAUAUUUAUGUUGACCAAGAUUUAGUAUGAAUUGGAAAACCUCUAUUUUUAGAUAUAAAAGAAUGAGAAAAAUAUCACAGGCCCAAAUUCCCAGAAAAUUAUUUCUCAUAGAGCGGAAUGAGAAAAGCAAAGGAAAACAGAUAUGAAUUUUCAUUGUCCAAGCUGGCUGAUCAAAAUUGUUUUUCACAUAUAAUUUCUCAUUUUAGACAUGAAAUUGUUGUUCUUGAGUAGGCGAGAGGGCAGGAGGGGAGACUGACUGAAGAAUAAAACACUUGCGGCCUAGAAGCUCACAUGAGCACACAGCUUCAAAAUGGGAGAUGAUUCAAGUCAUCUUUCACCCUUCAAAUUUUAGAAAAAAAAAAAAGUUCUAAAAAAGCAGAAGAGUUCUCAGGCUUAAUUAUGUCACAGGGAUAACAAUAAUAACCAGUCAAAAACAAUGUGCCGGGAAAUUCAUCCGGGAAGCAAACAAUGGUUGUUCAUCUGGCUUAGUACCAUUGACUAGCAUUUAGUGGCUAGCCAUAUCUCACAAAAUUUUCCUCUUUUUUUCAUCUUUGUUCUUUGUUUUCUUUUUGUACCAUGUGUCACAACAUCUCGAAGUUAUUUAUAACAUUAACUACUGCAUCAACAGGAGGAUAUUAAU